UCCUGAGGGAGGCGUUUGGGGAACGACGUAGCGGUACGCAAUUGUUGCAAAUGUUUUAUAACCGCAAGCAAUUGGACGGAGAAGAUCUUCGGAAUUUUUCCCACUCUCUCUCCCGCCUUUUGAGCUCUGUUGAAAGGAAAACCCCAGGUGGUUUGGUUAAUGGACAAGAGAUUUUGCGCGAUCAGUUUGUGGAAGGCGUGCGAGAUGCGACGUUAAGGCGAGAGCUGCGUAAAAUAGUCAGAGAAAAACCCUAUACAACAUUGCUCGAGAUUCGUAACGAGGCCAUUCUUUGGUCUAUGGAAGAGAGCCGGCCGACUAGAUGUGUAACUAGUCGACCAGUCCAUUCCGAAGUGCGGCAUGAAACAGUGGGUGUUUCUGUUGAGCCUGCGGAUCAGACAUCUAAUGUGUUAAAGGAUAUCUUACAGGUGAUCUCACGACAGGAAAGGAGAAUAGGCGAGCAAGAGCAGACCAUUUCACAGCUUACUAAUGCAGUAAAAGAGUUGACUGUGCAACGGUCAGCGUCUGUUCCACAGAUGGUUGUACCCUGGUCCAAGUCUCCUCCCAGGUUUACAGAGGAGGGGGAACCCAUCUGUUUCAGAUGCAAUGGGGUUGGGCAUAUUGCUAGGCGUUGCACAGGGAGACGCGGUGGGAAAACGAAUACUGAUGUUCCAACUACAGACGGUCGAGAAAAAUCCAAACCUUCUGUUGCAUUGAGUAGGGCCGCCCAAGGAUCCGUUUCUGGCCCAGGGGGAACUAGUAGAGACAGGUUUUUCGAACGGGCUGUUGGGACCUGCCCAAUGGUUGAUUUGAAAAUAAAGGGGGUGUCUGUGUCCUCCUUGUUAGAUACCGGUAGCCAGGUCAGCACCAUUGCUGAGAGUUUUUUCCGAGAGCAUUCCUUUGUGGACGAGCGCAAUGUGCUGUCUACAUCAAAUUGGUUGAAACUCACAGCGGCCAAUGGGUUAGACAUUCCUUAUGUAGGCUACGUGGAACUAGACGUGGAAGUGAUGGGGAUGAAUCUGCCUGAGUGCGGGUUUUUGAUUGUUAAAGAAACCCCUAGUCCAUCGCCUGUGCCAGUUUUGAUUGGAAUGAACAUCAUUAGCAAGUGCAGGAAUCUCGUUUGGGCUGAGUUUGACACCACGUUGAGGGGAAACCUUGAUUCUAACUGGAGAGUGGCUUUCCAGCAAGCCCAGUCCAUUGAGUUUGUUGAACGAGUGUCGGUUGCUAGAAUCGUAGGUCAGACUCCUGCUCAUGUGCCGGCUUGGUCAGCAGCGACCGUCCUGGUUAAGGGGAGAGAUUGGGACAAAAGAGGUGGUUCCACAUGGUUGAUAGAACCAGCAAACACCCCCUUACCAGAAGGAUUAGUGGUAGUACCUACCCUGGUCCCAGCAGAGUCAGCAGUAUGUCCAGUAAGAGUGCUUAAUCUGUCGAAGGAAGACCUUUGGCUCCAGCCUAGGGCCCGUCUUGGUUUGAUGUCCCCAGUAAACAGUUGUGAUGCAGGUUCGUUCUGCCAAGUUAGAUUCCAACGAAUCUCCGCAGACACUGAGCAGAUUACAGUGGGUACAAAUCCGGAUCUUGAACUUUCAACUAAAUUGGUUUUAGAGCAGGCCAACAUGGGAGGCACCCCUGAAGAACAGAUUCAGUUGAAGACCAUACUAGACAAAUAUUCAAGUGUAUUUGCUGUGAAUGAUGAUGAUCUAGGGUAUACUGAUAAGGUCCAGCAUGAGAUACACCUGACCAAUGACAUACCGGUAAAUCAGCCAUACAGACGUAUUCCGCCAAACCAGUACCAGGAAGUUAGGGAGCAUAUUUCUAAGUUGUUAAAGAAGGGUGUCAUUCAGGAGAGUGUGAGUGCUUAUGCUUCGCCUGUGGUAUUGGUUCGCAAGACUGAUGGUUCAUUGAGAUUGUGCGUAGAUUACCGAAAGCUAAACGCCAAGACGAGUCGUGAUGCAUUUCCGCUUCCUAGAAUUGACGAGAGUUUUGAUGCUCUCACAGGUGCCAGGUAUUUCUCAACAGUGGAUUUGGCAUCAGGCUAUCAUCAGAUUGCCAUGUGUGACAGGGACAGAGCCAAGACAGCGUUCACAACGCCUUUCGGUUUAUUUGAGUAUCGAAGGAUGCCAUUCGGGGUUUGCAAUGGGCCUUCAACUUUUCAGCGGCUCAUGCAGGCUGUUAUGAGCGAUCUGAUUUUCCAGGUAUUGAUUGUGUAUCUGGACGACAUCUUGUUGUUUUCACAGACCUUUGAGGACCACCUGGAGAGAUUAGAGAUGGUGCUGAAACGGUUGUCGGAGACCGGCUUAAAGGUCAAUUUAGGAAAGUGCAGUUUUCUUCAAGACUCUGUGCGUUUCCUUGGGCACCAAGUGGCUGCGGAGGGGAUUUCCCCUGACCCGGACAAAGUCACUGCGGUCAGUAAUUGGAGGACCCCAGAAACCCUUAAGGAGCUAAGGUCAUUUUUGGGCUUUUGCAGCUAUUAUCGGAAAUUCGUUGAGGGCUUUUCGAGAAUAGCUGGGCCAUUACAUGACCUGGUGAAUUAUGGUUUGAGGGAAGGGAGGUGUGCCAAGAGCGGUCGCCACUUUAGUCGUCUGUGGACUGAAGAGUGUGCUAAUGCAUUUGACCAGUUAAAGUGUAAGCUAACAAGGGCACCUGUGCUGGGUUUCGCGGAUUUUACUUGUCCUUUCAUUCUCGAAACUGAUGCGAGUCAGACUGGCUUAGGGGCGAUCCUAUAUCAGAAACAGGGUGAGGAGAAAAGAGUGAUCGCGUACGCAAGUAGGAGGUUGCGCAAUGCAGAGCGUAAUGAUCGGAAUUACAGUAGCAUGAAGCUUGAGCUACUGGCCCUCAAGUGGGCUGUGGUCGAAAAGUUUCGUGGCUACUUACUUGGGUCCUGGUUUGAAGUGAUCACAGAUAAUAAUCCGCUAUGUCACUUACAGACGGCCAAGUUGGGUGCAAUCGAGCAGAGGUGGAUGGCUCAGCUGUCAGUCUUUAAUUUCGAAGUGAAGUAUAGGCCAGGGAAGAGUAACGUUGCAGCUGAUGCUCUGUCCAGGCAGGAGUUUGCAGGGGAGCAUGAGUCCGAUCCUGAUGCUGAUUGGGAUGAGUGUGUAGCGAUUUGCAGCAUGAUGCGUGACAGUACUGCAUUAGACCAGAAUCUUGUCUCGAAGGGGUUGGACUGUUGCAGAUUGAGGCAGAUCCGUGCCUGUGAGGCCAAUGAAGAGGCAGUUACGAUCUCUCAGGGUAAUACCCCUACGUUUCCCAGUUACACUCGGGAGCAGCUGGUUGAGUUUCAGAGAAAUGACCCUGUAUUGCAAGAUUUUAGAAGGUUCUGGGACAGAAAGAAGAGACCUGCUCCCUUAGAAAGGAAAUCUCUCUCCAGGGCUGUUAAGUGUCUGUUGAAGCAGUGGAGCGUGAUUAAAGAAAGGAAUGGGGUGUUGUAUAGGGUGGUGGCUGAUUCCUCUGAGGGGAGCUGCUGGCAACUGUUGCUACCUAAGUGCUUAAGAGAACAAGCGCUGAGUAGUGUACAUGAUGUCCUGGGGCACCAGGGCAUCGAACGGACCAUAGGGUUGUUGAAACAAAGGUGUUUCUGGUCGGGCAUGUACGAAGAUGUAGAGGCUUGGGUAAAGAAGUGUCAGCGUUGUAUCUUAACCAAGAUGCCUCAGCCCAAAGUUCGUGCCCCGGUAAAGGCAUUUUUGGCGUCCCGACCUCUGGAAGUGAUUGCCGUGGACUUUACAGUCUUAGAGCCUGCUUCUGAUGGGCGUGAAAAUGUUUUGGUUGUUACUGAUGUUUUUACGAAGUUCACGCAGGCUUUUCCUACGAAAGACCAAAAGGCCGAUACCACAGCUAAGAUCUUGCUGAAAGAGUGGUUUAUGAAGUACGGAGUUCCAGAGAGGUUGCACUCCGACCAAGGAAGAAAUUUCGAAAGUGAGGUUGUUGCGGAGCUGUGUCGACUCUACGGGGUUAAGAAAACCCGUACCACUCCGUAUAGGCCACAGGGAAAUGCCCAGUGCGAACGGUACAACCGGACACUUCACAACCUGUUACGCAUUUUACCACCAGAAAAGAAGAGGCGUUGGCCAGAGUUUUUGCCGGAGUUGGUCCAUGCCUACAAUGUGACACCACAUUCUACUACCGGGUUUUCCCCGUAUUACCUCUUAUUUGGGGUUCACCCUCAUUUGCCUAUUGACGCAUUGUUGGGUUGUGAGGGAGUUACUGAGAGGAGGCAUGACUGGUUGUCUGUCCAUCAGGAGAGGUUGAGGUAUGCUCAUGAGAAGGCUAGGGAGUAUUCGGAGGAAAAAGCUCUAGGGAGAGUGACUCGUCUAAAUGAAAACGCUUACUGCCCUCAAGUGAGCCUCGGAGAGCUUGUUUACUUACGUCAGCGGCUUCCAGGCAGGAACAAGAUUCAAGAUGCGUGGAGCCCUGUCGUGUACAGGGUAGUAGAGAUAUUAGGCACCACCUACACGGUUGAGCCUUUAGAGGGAGGUCCCUCAAAACGGGUUCACAGGUCAGAGUUGCGUUCAGGGGCUGUGCCCACUCCUAGGCCUAGGGGUAGGGGGAGGUCUCAACCUGAUACACAGCUUGUAAGCAGAGAGGGUUGUGAGAUUUUUGAGCCUGAUUUUGUUGUGGUAGAGGAGGUCGUGCAACCCUAUGAUAAGGUGGUCGUGGACACUGCAGUUGCCUCAGAGGCAACGGGUACUUCGGAGCUGGAUAGUGAGGGUUCUGAAGAAAAUCAUUUUUCCGAGGGUGUUCAUAGAGACACAGUGACGUUUGAUGAUAUGGGUUUGCCUGCAGAUGUAGCUGAUGAGCUGAGUCAGUCGCAGGAGUUGGAAGCUUCUGAAAUGUGUGACCCAGUUAGUAGGAAAGUACCGGUUCCAGCGUUGCGUAGAAGUAGGAGAACAACUGCUGGUGCUCACACAAAUCCUUUUCACGCACCCCGGUCUGCUUGCCAUGCGGUGAGUGUCAGCACAGAUAUGGUAUCCCAGAUGCUAGCCAGUAUUGGUACCGCAUUGUUUGAAAAGGCGUUACAGGGCGCCAUGAGUGCUGGAACCCAUGAUUGAAUUAGUCAUCGAGGACGCUGACUUAUUGCAGGGGAGAAUGUAACCGGGUGGUAAAUAGCCUUGAAGUUUCCUUGCAUGACCUGUAAUUUACAAGAGUUGGCGACAGGGGGCAGUGUCUAGGUGCGUGUAGUGAAAUGCGCAUGCGUCACACGAGCGUGUGAGACGUGCUAAGUGCAGUGAGAGAGGAUACGCACUCGUACGGGAAUUUGAAAGCAUUUUAGAGCAUCCCGUGGUAAAUAAAGUGUUUAUUUUGCAAUAUACCUAACAUUAAACAUUUCUGAAUGUGUACUGUGUAGUUCAUUUGUUAAAAACGUAUAAUGUAAGGUGGGUUAUGUCGUGGUAAAUGUCCGUGUAUAUAUGACGUCAUACCAUGUGCUGUAAAUCUGUUCCGUUUGUGUUUAGCAACAAUAUACAUUUCAGUUUACGAAUAUUUUAUUGAAUAUAUUUAUCAUUUGUUUGUUUAAAAGACAGAGUAUACAAGGAUAUAUGUAGGCUGAAUUUCAACCGUGCAACGUCACUGCCUUUAUGUGGUGAUUGAUUGAGGAGGUCAUCAUUAUUAUCCCCACUGCCGUAUUUUUGACGUUUUCUUUUUGACAUUUAAAAAUGUAAUAUCGUACAGCUGGGCUUGUCGUAUUUUUGUGUUUCUUAAACUUGUAUAAGACAGGUUGUGCUUUUCUUUCAUUGGUAAAACCCCGUUUUUGUGGGUCAAGAAACUAUGUUUUUUUGUAUUGUUUUAUCUGUCCAGAGCUGUGUGUUCUAAAUACACGUUUCUGAAAGAUCCUUUCAUUUACAACGUAUAAUUGAAUAAACCACAAAAGCAAAUUGAACUUGU